CGCGAGGAUCCGGCCACGACGAUGAUGGAGGAGGAGGAGGAGGAGGAGGAGGAGGCGCACGCGGAGGCGGUGGCCCGCUGGCAGGCCGGCCUGGCGCAACUAGUCAGGGACCCGCUCCUUUGCGACCUCCCGGCGCAGGUGACCCCCGAGGAGAUCUGCUCGCAGGUGGCGCUCGAGUAUGGACAGGCGAUGACGGUGCGCGUGCGCAGAGUCGACGCCUCAGAGGCGCCCAUGCCGGUGGUGGUGGUGCAGAGCGCGACCGUGCUGGAGCUCAAGAAGGCGCUGCGGCGGUUCGUGCAGCUGCGGCAGGAGCGGCAGGGCGGCGUGCGGCACAUCAGCUGGAGGCACGUCUGGCGCACCUACAGUCUGACCUUCGGCGGAGAGAAGCUGGCGGACGACCGCAAGAAGCUGCGGGAGUAUGGGAUCCGCAACCGGGAUGAGGUCAGUUUUGUGAAAAAGCUCCGGCAAUGAACUCCCAGUGAUCGAGAAUCCACAUUUGAAAAAGUGCUGGAUCUUUUUCUGAACACGAAGAUAUCAAUGAAUCUGAAGCAAGUAAUAGCCAGCCAGUAACAUUAAAAUUUCUUAAAUUAUAAUAAAA